AUGGCAUUUGCGACUGUCAUGGGCGUAGGUAUGGUGCGGGUGGUGCGAGUGGAGUUUUAUGUCAAUGAAAACAAUGUGAAAGAGAGGCUACAGUUGUAUUUCUUUAAAAAUCAAAGUUCAAGUCUAAGGAUUCGAAUUUUUAUUUUGUUCAUCAAAUUGAUGCUGUGUCUUCUGUACGUCAUCCGUGUCAUUCUGGACAGAGGACCUAACCACGCCGCUUGUUAUGGUUGUGAAGCUCAAAAUGUUACAAUGUUCUUUACACCUGAAACUCCUUAUGAAAAUAGUGGACCAACAUCAUAUUAUAUAAAUUGGAAUGCAGUGCUAUGGGUGGACCGUCCGCUUGGUUUAUGGAUUGUACAAAUGGUGCUGUCAAUUGUUAGCCUCACACAAGCCUUACUUCUAGUCUAUUUAGGUUACAAGGGUAACAUAUGGCACCAUAUAUUCUCUUUCAACUUUAUACUAGAAUUAGUAAAUAAUGUACCUUUUAUAGCCACAAUUUUUUGGCCGCCUUUGCGAAAUCUUUUCAUUCCUAGCUUUCUCAACUGUUGGUUGGCGAAAUUUGCACUGGAACACAUGUUUCACGAUUUACAUCGGGCCAUGCAGCGGUCUCAAUCAGCUUUGUCUCAUCGUCUAAUGAUACUUUCAGCUACUUUGCUUUGCCUCAUCUUCACAAGUGUUUGUGGCUUCCAACACUUCCAGCGUGCCGGAGCCGAGCAUGUGGACCUGUUCGAGAGCCUCUACUUCGUGGUUGUGACCUUCUCUACAGUAGGUUACGGGGACUACAAACCAGACAACUGGCCUUCGCAACUCUUCAUGGUGGUCAUGAUCUGUGUUGCUCUCAUUGUUCUUCCUACGCAGUUUGAGCAGUUGGCAUACACGUGGAUGGAACGCCAGAAAUUGGGGUUUGCAUACAGUCGCCAUCGUGCCCAAAACGAACGCCACGUGGUAGUAUGCAGCACGAUGCUUCGAUCGGACACCGUAAUGGACUUCCUAAAUGAAUUCUACGCACACCCUUUGUUACAGGAUUACUACGUUGUUCUUUUAUCACCCACCGAACUGGAUGCUACCAUGAAAAUGAUUCUUCAAGUGCCUAUGUGGGCGCAGAGGGUCAUUUACAUCCAAGGAUCGGUGCUAAAAGAUUUUGAUUUAGCUAGAGCUAGAAUGAAUGCUGCUGAAGCUUGCUUUAUAUUAGCUGCUAGAAAUUAUGCUGACAGAUCGGCAGCUGACGAGCACACGAUAUUAAGGUCUUGGGCAGUCAGAGAUUUCGCACCAAGCGUGCCUCAGUACGUACAAAUUUUCCGUCCUGAAAAUAAAGUUCACGUGGCUUUUGCUGAACAUGUCGUAUGUGAAGAUGAGUUUAAAUAUGCUUUAUUAGCUAAUAACUGUCUAUGUCCAGGAACUUCGACGCUGGUGACGUUGUUGUUACACACUUCGAGAGGGCAAGAAGGUCAAGUUUCCGGUGAAGAGUGGCAUCGAUUAUAUGGGAAAUGUUCCGGAAACGAAAUUUAUCACAUCCGGUUGGGUGACAGCCGAUUUUUUGGGGAAUACGAAGGAAAGCCAUUCACCAUAGCCUCUUUCCAUUCGCAUCGGAAGUACGGCGUUGCCUUGGUGGGCGUGAAGGCCGAAAUGGGCGGCACGUGGCCUAUCCUCCUGAACCCGGGCCCCAACUACAUCCUGAAGGCUUCUGAUAUCUGCUUCUACAUGAACAUCACCAAAGAGGAGAACAGUGCUCUCCUGCCUGCAUCGCAGGUCGAGCAAAAGCGGGAGAACAUGGGCGGAGCAACGGUGGACCCCGCCCCUGACUCUGGUGGGUCACAAGAAAAUGAAAUCACGCUUAAAGCCGAGCUGAAGAGCAAUUCCUUCCAGUCUCGACGGUUCGGCAGCCAUUUGCAAGUUCCAAACUCCGACGGGGGGUUGCGGCGCUGUGGUGUCGUGCCCAUCGUCAACAGCUACGUGCCGCCGGGCAUCCAUGUGAGCACCUCUACCCCGGAUUCCAACGAUGAAGGGGAAGCUGAGCAGGAAAAAUAUUUGGACCUCCCCUGGGUCACCCCGGCUGAAACCUGCGAAAUCCUUCGUGGCUUUCCUCCUGUAUCGCCAUACGUUGGCGUUAGUCCCACACUCUGCUAUUUGCUUAAAGAUAAGAAACCACUUUGUUGCCUUCAACUGUCACAGGUUUGUGAUCACUGCACUUUCAGGACAGCCAAAAACUACAACUGGCCCAACAGGUGCAUCAUUCUGGCCGCUGAUUACGCAAGCAACGGAAUCUACAACUUCAUAGUUCCGCUCAGAGCUCAUUUUCAUAGCCCCCAAACACUUAGGCCCAUUGUCCUUCUUUUAGAGAAAAAGCCACAUCCUGCCUUUUUAGAUGCCAUAUCAUGGUUCCCCCUUGUCUACUGGAUGCUUGGAUCUAUUGAUGACUUGGAUGAUCUGCUUCGAGCAGGAAUAAAUUUAGCCGACAGUGUUGUUGUUGUAAAUAAAGAAAGUUCCAAUUCAGCCGAAGAAGAUUACUUGGCAGAUUGCAAUACAAUUGUGGCCGUACAGACCAUGUUUAAAUUAUUUCCCAGUGUACGCAUUAUUACUGAACUCAGCCAGUCAUGCAAUAUGAGGUUCAUGCAAUUUAGAGCGAGGGAUGCGUAUGCUUUGCAUCUGUCGAAAAUGGAAAAGAGAGAAAAGGACAGGGGGUCCCACAUAUCAUAUAUGUUUCGACUGCCCUUUGCUGCUGGGAGCGUAUUCAGUGCGAGUAUGCUCGACACCCUUCUGUACCAGGCGUUCGUCAAGGAUUACAUGAUUACUUUCGUCCGGCUACUUUUGGGAGUUGACCAGGCACCUGGAUCUGGAUUCUUAUCUUCGAUUCGAAUCACAAAAGAUGACCUAUGGAUGAAAACCUACGGUCGAUUAUACCAAAAACUCUCUUCCAGUACCUAUGAAAUACCAAUCGGGGUAUACAGGACGCAGAAAUCUAACCUUGCAGAAACAUCUUCGAUGAGCCUCGAUUUGAUGGACGAUGAAGAUCAAAUUGCUCAACGAACAGACAUGGAGAGACAAGAAAUCAGUAAUUUAGUUAGAAACAGAAUGAAAGACCUUUGUCUUCCAACUGAAGAUUACGACGAUGUGUCCGAAAAACGUAAUAGUCUCUCGUACGUCAUGAUCAAUCCCAGCUGUGACCUUGUACUGGAAGAAGGAGACCUCGUGUAUGUAAUUAGACCAAGCCCAAUAUGGAGCAAGAAAGUAUUCUUGACAAGAGGUUCCAUUCGAAUAAAAUCUCCAACCAAACUCAAACGUCAGCCAAAAACAGCUCAAGACGAAAGCCUUCCUGGUUUGGCAGCUGAUCAAGACUUUGAUAGAACUGGAGGGGAAAAAGAAAGUGGGACAAUUGUAUGA